AUGUCCAACUCUCCGACCCGCCCGCGCUCCCAGCACCAGGCUUCCUUUCCCAGUCCACUGCGCCAGACGUCAACCGCCUCAAACGGAUCCUCGGCACAUUCGACCAACGAUGCGCCCAGCCGGACGAGCACCGUUUCGUCCGCUUCUAAUGGCCAGACCGAUUUCCGCAGUGUGCUCAAGAGCCAUAGGCGGGGGCUUAGCGAGAAUACAAACGUUGUGACCAACCAAGAUGCCCUUGGCCACAACCCCGCGGGCACCUACCUUUCCAUGCGUUCGAAGCUCCGCCCGCUGGGGCAGGCUCCCGCCAGCCCUCCUUCCUCGCCAGAAAAGGCCCAUACUCCAACCCACUCCCGCUCUAAGAGCUAUGCGCCGACCAGCUCAUCUCCUCCAAUCAUAGACACGGCCGCUUCGCGCGCGCAUCCUCGCUCCCCGAACCUCCCCACCCCACUCUCCCCUCCUGUCCAACUGUCUCCUCCUGUCCAAGAUACCCCCCCGCCUCGUGUGCACAACAGAUCGCAAAGCUUGGAUCCUUCAAAUGCGCCUCACCUCCAUCGUGCUGCAUCUCCCACCUCUGGAAUGGACGGUUCAACGUCACCAACCAAGCGCUUUUCGAUGGCGCUGUCCCGGGCAGACUCAGUCAGAGCGCCUGCGCGAGAGCGUCCGAAAUCUGUGCAUUUCACCCCUCAGCUGGAACAUCCCGACCUCAAGGGGUUGGAGAGGUCGUCUACGGCACAGCUGAGGACUCUAUCCAAGUUCGGCGCCAGUGGCGAUGAAGAGUUUACCAUCAAGUCACCCGAGGAGGAAGUUGUUGGUAUGCAUGGACGGCGCAGACUGCAGCGAGGCAUCUCUACGCGUGGCAAGAAAGUUCAAUCUGGCUGGGCCACCAGGACAUGGAUGGAUCAGCAACGGCAGUUCCUGCAAGCAUACGAAUACUUGUGUCAUAUUGGUGAGGCCAAGGAGUGGAUUGAGGACAUCAUUGAUAAGCCCAUCCCAGCUAUCGUACAGCUCGAGGAGGCGUUGCGCGAUGGCGUCACCCUGGCAGAAAUCGUUCAAGCUCUAAAUCAUGACAAGCCCGUCAGGAUCUUCCGACACCCGAAACUACAAUUCCGUCACUCGGACAAUAUUGCGCUUUUCUUCCGGCUCUUGCACGAUGUUGAGUUGCCCGAACUCUUCCGCUUCGAGCUUGUGGACUUGUACGAAAAAAAGAAUAUUCCGAAGGUCAUCUAUUGCAUCCAUGCGCUGUCCUGGCUCCUCUACCGCAAAGGCAUAGUCGAUUUCCGGAUCGGAAACCUGGUGGGUCAACUUCAGUUCGAGGACCAUGAACUGGAGGAGAUGCAGAAGGGACUGGAUAAAUCUGGUGUCAGCAUGCCCAACUUCUCUGGAAUGAGCGCUAAUUUUGGCGAACCGGAGCCCGAGCCUGAACCGGUCGAGACCGAGGAGGAACGUAUUCAGCGUGAACUUGCGGAAUACGAAGACGUCGUUGUUGAUCUCCAGGCUCAGAUCCGAGGAGCCAUGGAGCGCAUGCGUCUUGGGGAAUUCAUGCAGGCCCUGUGGGAUAACGAAGACUGGAUCGUUGAUCUCCAAUCCAGAAUUCGAGGAGAUUUCUCAAGGCAAAUUGCCGAGUACAAAAUGGACAUGCGGAGAUUCGCGGUAAAUCUACAGAGUGCUAGCAGGGGCUUCAUUGUACGUUCGCAGAAGCAAAACAACGAGCAAUACUGGCACAACAAGGAGAAGGAGGUUGUGACUAUCCAAAGCCUUGUCCGCGCACGCAAGGCUAGAGCCGAGGUCCAGCAUACCAAGACAUGCGUCAAGCACCAUGAACCCGGAAUCAGGUCAUUCCAAGCCGCCAUCCGGGGAGCGCUGAAGCGGAGAGACGUUGCCGACCAGUACGAGGCGACUCAAGAAGCAGCAGCAGGUGUAACGGAGCUGCAAGCCGCGAUUCGAGGUGCCCUCCUGCGCAAAUUCAUCGAAGAUCAACUUGCCGACUUGCAGGACGCCGAGACCGCAAUCCAAGCCUUCCAAUCUGCUGUUCGCGGCGCACUCCUACGCAACAAGGUGGCAGAUCAGCUUGCUGGCAUUCAGGAUGCCGAGGUCAGCAUCCAGGCCUUGCAGUCUGCCAUUCGUGGCGCCCUUUUGCGCAAGCAGAUGGACGAUCAGUGGGCGGCUACGCAAGAGGCCGGAAACCAAAUCGAGCUCCUCCAAGCUCUCACCCGCGGCAUGUUGAUCCGAAAGUCUCAGCGUGCCGAGCAGGACAACCUGCGCCAGCAGGAGGCUGUCUUCACAAUGCUGCAGGGAGCUAUUCGCGGAGCUGCUGCGAGGGCCCAAACUUCGCAACUGGUUGACGAUCUGUCGAGUGAAGAAGCUCACUGGGAGCAGCUGCAGGCUGCCGCUCGUGGCAAUGCGCUCCGCAGCUCAAUGGAUCAGCUCCGCGAAAGCCUUGCCUCAUGCACGGACGAGACCGUUGAACUUCAAUCUGCCGCUCGUGGUGCAAAGACAAGAGCUGACGUUGCGGAGACACUGAAUGCGUUGGCGGAGCAAGAGGAGGUGAUCCUGGAUUUGCAGUCGGCAAUCAGGGGUCAGCUCCUCCGACAGAAGUACCAGGCGGACCUCGAUGCUCUUGAAGCUGCAACCUCAAGUAUUACCGAGUUCCAGUCCGCGGCACGUGGUCUUGCCGCCCGGAACGAGACGUACGACACCCUCUGUGCCCUUGCAGAGAAUGAAGAACAGGUUACCGAACUUCAGGCCCUGACCCGGGCGAUGCUUUCUCGAGCGAAAAUUGGUACCCUGCUUAUGGAACUGGAGCCUGAGGAAGAAGCGAUUUGCGAGCUCCAGUCUCUGGCGCGUGGCAAGCUGAUCAGGACUCGCUUUCAGGAAAAGCAAAAGUUCUACAGAGAGAACAUGGAAAAGGUUAUCAAAGUUCAAAGCUUCGUUCGGGGUCGUCAGCAGGGCGAGGCCUACAAGAGUCUCACCAGUGGAAAAAACCCGCCCGUCAGCACCGUCAAGAACUUUGUCCACUUGCUCAACGACAGCGAUAUCGACUUUGACGAGGAGAUUGAGUUCGAACGUCUGCGAAAGACGGUUGUUCAACACAUUCGCCAGAACGAGAUGGCCGAGCAAUACAUUGAUCAGCUGGACAUCAAGAUCGCUCUCCUUGUGCGCAACAAAAUCACCCUUGAUGAGGUCGUAAAGCACCAGAGGCAUUUCGGUGGCCAUGUCGGAAACCUCCUGACCAACAAAGAGCUGGCCUCCAAGGACCCUUUCGAUCUCAGAGCACUGAACAAGAAUUCCAGAAGGAAGCUGGAGCACUACCAGGAAUUUUUCUUCAUCCUGCAGACCCAGCCCCAGUAUCUCGCACGCCUAUUCAAGAAGCUUCGUGACCAGGGACUGGCCGAGAAGGAGAGCAAACGGGUUGAGCUCCUCAUCAUGGGUCUUUUCGGAUUCGCCCAGAAGAGGAGAGAGGAGUACUAUCUUCUCAAGCUGAUUGCUCGGUCAAUCAAGGAGGAGGUCGACAUGUGUGGUUCCGUCCAAGACUACCUGCGUGGGAAUUUCUUUUGGAGCAAGGUCUUGGCCAAUUAUAUCCGAACUCCACGAGACAGAAAGUAUCUGCGGGAGCUGCUCGGACCGUUGAUCAAGGAGAACAUCAUGGAGAACGAGGCGCUCGAUCUGGAGAGUGAUCCGCUCCAAAUCUACCGGUCGGCCAUCAACAACGAAGAGCUCAGGACGGGCCGACGCAGUCGCAGGAUGCCAGAUGUACCCCGUGAAGAAGCGAUCCGAGACCCAGAAACUCGUGAAACUUUCAUCCGCCAUCUGCAGGAUCUGCGCGACAUCGCUGAUCAGUUCUUUGCCAGUAUGGAGGAGCUUCUCCACAAGAUGCCGUACGGUAUGCGCUAUGUUGCUCAACAGCAACACGAGGCCCUGUGUAAGAAGUUCCCCCACGACGAGCCACAGUACGUUCUCCAAAUCAUUGGACAUUGGCUCUGGAAAACCUACCUGCAGCCGGCUCUGGUGCAGCCUGAAACCUGGGGUGUCAUUGACCGCGGCCUCUCGCCGCUUCAAAAGAGGAAUCUCGGUGAGGUGGCCAAGGUGGUUGGCCAGGUUGCAGCUGGAAGACAUUUUGGUGGCGACAACAUCUAUCUUCAACCGUUGAACAGUUACAUCACAGAAGCAAUCAGCCGGCUUGAAGAAAUAUGGACAACCCUCAUCACCAUUCGCCCGGCUGAACGCCAGUUCGAUAUCGACGAGUUCAAUGAUCUCUACAGCACUCAGAAGCCUACUCUGUACAUCAAGCUUUCGGACAUAUUUGGUAUUCAUCAGCUCGUCGCCUCGGACCUCCCCUCGAUUUGCAUUGCGCAAGACGACAUUCCACUGCGGGAGUUACUCCGCGAGCUGGGCAGUGCAAAGGGCAACGAGCACGAGUUGUCUAGCGUCAACGCAAAUGAGAUCAGUCUCACUCUGAACCCCAAGUUCCACGAAGUUGAAGGCGAGUGCUCCCAUGCCGAUGCACCAAUCAGGGCCUUGUAUAUGGAGACGAAGCGUUGUGUCCUGUACAUCAUCCGUAUUCAGACCGGACCGGAUCUUUUGAGCAUCAUGGUCAAGCCGGUGACGGAUGAGGAUGAGGAUCGCUGGGCGGAACUUAUCCAGGAGGAAAUCAUCCCUGACAACAACAGGCAGCGCUCGGCCUAUACGGACACGGCGUCCCCUCUGAUCGACAUUGCCUCGCUCAGCUACACGGAACUCAAGCGUACUGCGCUCGAGAACAUCAUGACUCUUGAGCACACUGGUCGCAUCGAUCGCCACAACCGGUACCAGGACCUGCUUAACGAGAUUGCCAUUGAUAUCCGCACCAAGCAUCGUCGCCGCGUCCAGCGCAGCCGGGAAAUGGAGAACAUCAGGGCGACACUGAACGCUCUGGACUCCAAGUCGGAGUGGCUGGACAGCCAGCUCAAAUCGUACAACAACUACAUUGAGCAAGCCAUGGUGACGCUGCAGAGCAAAAAGGGCAAGAAGCGGUUCCUUCUUCCUUUCACGAAGCAGUACAACCACGAGCGUGAGCUGCAGAGGCGAGGUCAAGUGCCGAAGUUCGGGUCGUUCAAGUAUUCGGCUCGGGCUCUCGGCGAGAAGGGAGUGUUGGUCGAGUGGCGAGGGUACACGGACAAGGACCGUGGUUGGGAGAAGACCAACAUCACCAUCUCCAGCGACCAGGUCGGUAUCUUCCUCGUCGAGGGGUCGGUGGGAAGCAUGAUGAUACCUGGGGCCAGCGCCGUGAUCCCGCUCGACGAUCUCCUGCAGGCGCAGUUCGAGAACAAACAGUUCAUCCACCUGUUUGGGGGCGAGGAAGCGGGAGCUCAGGGGUCGCUCAAGCUUAAUGUUAAUCUCCUCUUGCACCUGGUGUUCAAGAAGUUCUACAGAGAUGGCGGAUCUUGA